UGUGACUUAGCAAAGUUAUUAUUUUUUUCAUGUACUGAAAAAAUAAAAAAAGUUUCAUUCUUUGGAGCUCAGUCUGCAUUGGCAGAAAUGAAGCACUAGCUCAGAGUAGUACAGUGGAUAGAUUUCUACUGCAGAAACCUUUUGCAGUCAGAUGAUCUUUGAAUAUUCAAAGCUGGUACUACUAUUUCAAAAUUUACCGAUUUGCUAGAGUGGGUUUUGCUAAAGCUUUUUUGGGUUCCUGAUUUUGUCUACUGUUUAUCAGAAAAGUUGAGAUUUUUUUUUUGAGAUUCUGUGUUGAAUGGUGAUCAUUUCAGUUGUACUUACUCUGUGAGCUUAUAAAGGUUUGAUCUUGAAAAUUAGGGGUUUUACAGUUUUGGUACCUAAAGUCCGAGGGUUUAAGGGUUUUUGAAGUUUUGAGUUUUGGUUUCUAUGAAUGGAGGAAAAAGAAGGAAUGAAUAGUUCUGUGGGGGUGCCAGUGAAGGGUGAUGAAACUUCAGAGAGCUUCAGGGUAGAGCCAAGUGUGGAAAACCCAAGUCAGUUCAGUGGAUCAGCUGUGUCAACUACAGAAGCUACACCAGUUAGUGUUGCAACACCGGCCACAGAAGGGAAAAAGAAGAGAGGGAGACCGAGGAAGUACGGACCAGAUGGUUCGGUGACCAUGGCAUUGUCACCGAUGCCGAUAUCAGCUUCUAUUCCGCUUACAGGAGAUUAUUCAGCUUGGAAACAGAGUAGAGGCCGGCCAAUUGACUCUUACAAAAAGAAACAUAAGUUGGAGUUUGAAAGUCCUGUUCCAACAGGGGAUCGGGUGGCUUAUUCUGUUGGUGCUAAUUUUACUCCUCAUGUUAUCACAGUUAAUGCAGGCGAGGAUGUUACAAUGAAGAUCAUAUCAUUUUCUCAACAAGGAUCUAGAGCUAUUUGUGUUCUAGCAGCAAAUGGUUCAAUUUCAAAUGUCACUCUUCGUCAGCCUAAUUCUUCUGGUGGAACUCUAACCUAUGAGGGUCGCUUUGAAAUACUUUCUCUAACAGGAUCAUUUAUGCCUAGCGAUAAUGCAGUAGCAAAAAGCAGAUCUGGUGGAAUGAGUGUCUCUCUGGCAGGCCCCGAUGGUCGCGUUCUUGGGGGAGGACUUGCUGGCAUGCUGUUAGCAGCUGGUCCUGUUCAGGUCGUUGUUGGAAGCUUCCUCCCUGGCCACCAGCUGGAGCAAAAGUCGAAGAAGCAGAAAUUUGAGCAGACAGCUAUUUAUGCAGCUAUUCCUGCGCAACCUCUACCCGAGGAAAGAACAGAGGGAGCCUACAGUGCACCAAGGCCAAGUCUGACUUCUUCAGCUUCCUUUCAUGGGGAUGAUGUGGUUUCCGUGAACGCAUUGAAUACAAAGAUAUCAGCCCCUGAAAGUAUUGUUACUGCAACUGCAGCGGAGUACAAGGACCAGAGUCAAUCCAAGUGUGAGGUUUCUUGCUGAUCAUAUAGGAUACGUCUCCCCGAAAUGUAAUGUUUCUGUAGCACCUGUGGAACAUUAGGAUCAGUUCCCUUUGACCUCUAUCUAAAAAUCACUGACUGAUUAUUGUCAUAAGGGUAGGGUAUAGUCGUCUUAGUUUAACCAGACUCUUUUACCCUCCUUUUAGGUUCUAGGGUAGGAUGUUGUGAGGUAGGAUUGUGUGCUUUUGUCAUCGUGUUUUGUCUUGUGUUGAUGUAGAAUUUCAGGUGUAGGAAACUGAGUUAUGACUUACCAUUCUUAAAUGCAGUUUUUUUUUUUUUUGG